UUAAGUAUUACAGGUGGACACCUGUUUCUCAUCAGAUACAAGUGAAGGCCUGCACAUCCAAGACAAAAUGAAGCUACCUGUGCCGCUCAUUUGUAUCCUGGUGCUUUCUGUCCAAAUCCUGCAGUUUGGGGCUGCACAAUCUGCUCCACAUGCACCUGUGCCGACUCACUGUGAGAAUCAUGGAAGAUUUUGCACCCUGGAAUGGGAUCCAGUAUGUGGCAGUGAUGGACGUACAUACUCGAAUGAGUGUUAUCUCUGCCAGGAAAAUAGAUUUACUGGGGUGAUUGUGGCAUACAAGGGUGAGUGCAGUAGAGUGGCUUGCCCCUUGCAUUAUGAUCCAGUAUGUGGCACUGAUAGACAUACAUACUCCAAUGAGUGUGAGAUCGACCAGCAAAAUGGACCCAAUCACAAUGUAGAGGUGGCACACAAGGGUGAGUGCAGGAGAGGUUGCCCCACAGUUUAUGAUCCAGUAUGUGGCACUGAUGGACAUACAUACUCCAAUGAGUGUGAGAUCGACCAGCAAAAUGGACCGAAUCACAAUGUAAAGGUGGCACACAAGGGUGAGUGCAGUGCAGUGGUUUGCCCCUUGCAUUAUGAUCCAGUGUGUGGCACUGAUGGACAUACAUACUCCAAUGAGUGUGAGAUCGACCAGCAAAAUGGACCAAAUCACAAUGUAAAGGUGGCACACAAGGGUGAGUGCCAUGACUGCGAGUGGUAUGGAACAUAUUGCCUUGCAGUAUAUGAUCCAGUGUGUGGCAGUGAUGGUCAUACAUACAGCAAUGAGUGUCAUCUCUGCCAGGAAAAUAGACGGAAUCCAAAGGUGAAGGUGGCAUACUGGGGUGAGUGUCACGCGACUGAUCCCUGUGAAAUGUAUGGAAGGAUUUGCCCCACGAAAUGGGAUCCAGUAUGUGGCAGUGAUGGUCAUACAUACAGCAAUGAGUGUCGUCUCUGUCAGGAAACUAGCAGAAUGAAUCUCAAUAUAGUGACGGUGGCACACAAGGGUUGGUGUUGAAUCUGGCAUAUUUCCUGAAGUCUGUCAAUGUAAGCAAUUCGUGUUAGGCAUACCCCAGCAAGAUGGCUGCAGACAUAAUAAAAAGGUUCCGAAUUAUGAA